CACACACACCCAGUUUAACGCAGAGACAUGCAGUACGUAAAGAAAAUUCAGGGGCAAAUGGAAAGCGGAACACACGCACACAUGCAGCGGUAAUAGAGACAGACAUUUACUCUCCAUUUACUCUUUUUUUAGAAGCUUGCGUUCACCUCAGUUGAGCCCACAUUGGGCUUCACAAGCUGUGGAGACAAAGUAAAUCAGAAACCAAGGAAAUACCAGGGAAUCCCUUACCUCCUAAAGUCAAGGAUCCUUGCUUAGAAGAGCAGAUCCUUCCAAGUCCAAGUCCAACAAAGACAAGGCAAGACUCCUCCCUAGCAUUCCGGAAGGGAUUUAAACCAGCACACCAUCAUGCCCAGUGAGGAGAAGGCACCACAGCAGCCCCGCCACAGGAAAAAGGGCAAAAAGUCCCGCUCUAAGGGGAAGAGCCCAGGUGGGAGUCCCAGUGCCACCUUAGACGGACAGGAUGACCUCAUCUUACCCCCAGUCUUCCAGCCUCUGCCUCCUAAAAAACCAGCAGAGAAGCCGAAGUUGUCAGUGGCCAAGGUGGAGGAGGAGUCGUCCACAGCUAUUUGUCUUCAGGUGGUGUUUCCUUACCUGUUGGCUGGAAUGGGCAUGGUGAUGGCCGGCAUGGUGCUGGACAAUGUACAGCACUGGGAGGUGUUUAAGGUGAUAACAGAGGUUUUCAUCCUGGUGCCUGCGCUGGUUGGACUCAAGGGAAACCUGGAGAUGACUCUGGCUGCUCGCCUCUCCACUGCUUCCAACACAGGACAAAUGGAUGACCCCAAAAAACAAUGGACCAUGGUGUGUAGCAAUCUGGCACUAAUACAGGUUCAGGCCACAGUGGUGGGCUUCCUGGCAGCAGUGGCAGCUGUGUGUUUAGGAGCCAUUUCCAGAGGAGGCGUUGAACUGGACCAGGCAGCUGUUCUGUGUGCCAGCAGCAUCACCACCGCUUUUGUAGCUGCUCUGUCUUUAGGUCUGGUGAUGAUCGGAGUCAUCAUAGGUUCCAGGAAGGUCGGGAUCAACCCUGACAAUGUGGCCACGCCGAUUGCAGCCAGUCUAGGGGACUUGAUCACACUGUCCCUGCUGGCUGGAGUCAGCAGCACACUCUACAAUCACAUAGAUAUAUGGUACCUGUCCCCCCUGGUGUGUCUGGUCUUCCUGGCUCUGAUCCCACUGUGGGUGGUGGUGGCUCGACAGAGUCCUCAGAUCAGCGAGGUUCUCCGCUCAGGCUGGCAGCCUGUCAUAGUCGCUAUGUCCAUUAGCAGCUUUGGAGGCCUUAUACUGGACAAGACAGUGAGCGAUCCCAACUUUGAGGGCAUGGCCGUCUUUACACCCGUCAUUAACGGAGUGGGUGGAAACUUGGUGGCCAUUCAGGCCAGUAGGAUCUCCACGUACCUGCACUUCUGGAGCAUCCCUGGAGUCCUGCCCUACAAGAUGAGGCAGCACUGGCCCAAUCCCUUCAUCACCUUCUUCUCUUCAGGCGUGAACUCAAAGUCGGCUCGAGUGCUGCUGAUGCUGGUUGUCCCUGGUCACCUGGUCUUCCUCUACGCCAUCUCUCUGCUGCAGGGAGAGGAGGCUCCCAUCUCUGUCGCCUUCACCAUCUGCUACCUCUGUGCUGCCCUGCUACAGGUCACUAUCCUCCUCUAUGUCGCUGACCUCAUCGUCCGCUUCAUGUGGAGGAGGAGUCUGGACCCGGACAACUUCUCCAUCCCAUACCUGACCGCCAUGGGUGACCUGCUGGGAACUGGUUUCCUGGCCAUGUGCUUCCGCUCCGUCUCACUUAUUCACAGCCUCGGUCUAUGAUUCUAUUUCUCUCCUUUCACCCUGAACUCUUAGCACCAACCACUGUCUCAGUCUUAUUAAUCGUGUUGAACCGGAUUUCCUUUGCACAAACAUGCUUUUGAUUGGACAAUAGUGCAUUUUAUGAUCUUUAUCACUGGACCAGUUUAGGAAUUAGUCACAAAUUCACCUUUAAACUGGUGGAGAGAUGGAAGAUGUGACGACCAACCCUUUACACCAUCGUCUGGGUGGAGGGUUUGCUCUGUGAACAUGACCAGCUUUCAGCUGGAUCACAUUUUAUUUGAGAGGAAAAUACUUUAAGUACUAGUUUUAGUCCUCUGUCCUUCAGAACAUCUGCUCCAGGUCAAUGAAUUUAAAUUCCUCUUUCUCUCAUUCCUCUAUUUCCCUGUCAUUUCAUUUUCCAGCACUAACUAGAUUUGAGUUUAGGUUCAUCAGAGGCACAUGAUAAUGAUCGGUUAAGACGGCAGAUCAACUGUGUAAGCCAGUAGACAUGGUUUUCAUUGCCCUUCACUGUGAACGACUGGUGAAUCUGUGGAAAUUUUAAAGCGGAUAAAACAAAAGCAGUCCAAGUUUGGGCAAGAUGUAAUAUGAAUUAAGGAUGGAGGUUGUGGAGGACGAUGUACGUAUUUCACCAACUGGAAUUUUCCUGGAUGUGUGUCCAAUAUGAGUUUGGACAGAUGUUGUUGUCAUGGACGUCAUAGGAAAAGAUAUAAUCAUCAAAUUAAAAGUCACAAAUCUUUAUUAUAAUGUAUAUAUAUAUAUACCGUAUAUAUGUAUGUAUAUAUAUAUAUAUAUGUAUGUAUAUAUAUAUACUGUAUAUAUGUAUGUAUAUAUACAUAUAUGUAUGUAUAUAUAUUUAUUUAUACAUAUAUGUGUAUAUAUACAUAUGUAUGUAUGUAUAUAUAUUUAUUUAUAUAUAUAUACAUAUAUAUGUGUAUAUAUAUAUAUAUACACACAUAUAUGUAUAUAUAAAUAUAUAUAUAUGUAUAGUUUCACCUUUUCUUUUGUAGAUACUGUUCUAACAGAGUCUAACAGACAGAGGGCGUGACACAAUGUCAUCGCCAAAGCCAAGAGACUGGACCACACAGUGGAAACAGUGUAAUUAGGUGGAGAACUGUUCAGUAGGCGUGGUUGUUUUUGCUCUUAAACAAUAAAUUCACAUUUGCUCUCUUUAUCAGAGAACCGUUACAUAACCUUUUUUUUUUCUUUUGCUGAGGAACCAAACAAAACAUAUUAAAAACGAGUGUUAUACAUAAGGAGGUGUGACAUUUAUGGAUGUGUUGGGUUCAGAGUUUGUCUGUGUGCCUGUGAUGGCUCAUGCUGGCUUACACAGUUUGAAUUAAAGACAAUUUGACUAGUAAAGCAAUCAUAACACCUCAGCUCAAUAAAAACAGAUAUAUAUACUGUAA